AUGGUGAGAAGCAUUCGAAUGGAACAGCGGCGCGGAAGCCUGACGGCCAAGGCCCGCAAGAUCCUGGCUAUGUGCGUGGGAGGAAUGCUUUUGCUCACCAGUGAACAAGGCAGGGCACAGCAGCAGCAGGAUGGACCUUUGAGGGGGGCACCAGAGAAGGUUGAGUCUCCAAAGAUUGAGGCAAACACUGCUGCAUGCAAACUAAGCGUCGGCAAAGCAAUGAGCGCCUCAGACCCGGCUCCAGACCCCACUCACCUGACGCUCUCCGUAGACCAGCUCGCAGCUACUCUGGUGUGCGAAGGCGAAGGAGUUGCUGCCGUCCCAAAUGGGCUUAAGAAUGUCUGUCAGGAAAAUAAAGCCAAAGAAGUGCAGCAGGAUGGCGACGAGUGCACCAUCGGAGAAAGCAAAGGCGCACCAGUACAGCUGGCAACAUUUCUCGCGGCGGAGAGUAAAGCAGAAUGGGUGGAAUCCCAAACCGCAGAAAGAACAACGAAAAAGGCAUGGAAGCUGAGCCUUCAGAAGCACGACCUUCCUCUGCUCGAUCAGAGCUUCUACGUUGGGUGUAAAAGCUCUGCUAGCAGCGGCACACACUCGGCCUGCAAAGUACCUGUGCAGGUCUUAGCGAGACAUUCAUCCACUGAAGACAACGUUGUCACCUGCGCCUACGGGGCUAACAGCAAUGAUGCCGUUAUGCCGGUGGAGAUAACACAAGACCAUAACACGCUGACAGUGGUGUGCGGCAAGGAAGGCUCUAUCGAACCCACCGACUACGCAACCAAGUACUGCGAGGACGAAGGUCUGAAGGGCUGCAUCAAAACCUACAUCGAGAUUCUCCCGAACUUCGAUGAAGAGUGGUGGACGAAAGUAGAGGGGAAGGACAAUUCAGCAAAAUUGACAAUCCCUUCUACUGACUUUCCAUCUCAGGACAAGUCGUUUUAUAUUGGCUGUACUCGCACUGAAACCAAGGGUGGGGAGUCUUUGCAGACGCCAGCAGGCAAGGCAACAGGUGACGCGUCAGGCGCUGCUCCGGCGACGUGCAAGGUAUUGGUGACUGUCAAGGCAGCAGGGUCGCCUCUGUUGGCUGGCUCAGGUGGCGCAGUGGCACCUGCAGCUUUUGGUGCUGCCUUGUUGACCGGACUUGUUGCUGGCAGUCUAGCAACGCACGAAACUAGGGCCCGUUCCGGAAAACCACAUCCGGUCCUCGCUUCCCCAUUUACGGGGUUGAAGCUGAUGCAUAUCUCCCCUGAUGCACUGAACUGCAUGCUGCACCAAGUGUUGGCACGCGAAACGACAGGCGUGCGCGAGGGUGGCGCCGCCAUGGGCAUCUCCAAAUUGUCGCGGCACUAG